CGUGAUUGGGAUCUUCGCCUGGCUGAACUGGCGUUCGCUACACGGACAACAGUAAACAGAUCUACAGGCUUCACCCCGGCGUUCCUGAACUUGGGACGACAGGCACCAUUUCCAGUGGAGAAUGCUCUACGCCUCCGGGAUGGCAGUACCCAGCCUCCUUAUUCAAGGUUCGCUGAGGAACUCCGGAGUCGACUGGACGAUGCAGCUCGGACGGCUCGGGAGAAUCUGGACGUCGCACGGUUGGACCAGGCUCGCCAGUACAACCGAGGGCGACGGAACCUCACCUACAGCGUCGGUGACCUCGUCCUUCGACGGACUCACCCGCUAAGUGAUGCCGCACGCGGCUUUGCAGCUUCACUCGCAGAUAGGUGGGAUGGCCCCUUCAAGACUACGAUGCCUCCCAAAAGGAAGCACCAGCGUGCCCGGCCUCCUGGACAGUCCCCGGGAACAAGUACAUCGGGAUCACGAGCUCGGUCUCCAGGCGGACCAGCGCCAGCAGCCCCGACGCACCGAUCGGUUGCCACCUGGACGGUGGUGUCAGAAAGAAGACCGGUAUCCUGGGCCUCCCGUACCCGCUGGUCUGCGCAGCCACGUCCGCUCCGUACGGAUGAUCCUACCAAGGCGCCUCUCCCCUUCAGGGGACUGACCCUAACUGACCGUCCCCUGAAUGACCCGCCCAUCCCAAUUGCCGAAGAAGAGAGGAGACUCUUGUGUCCGCUUUGCGGAGUACCGGAAAUCCACCGCAGUGCUCACCGACGUGGCCCACUACACAAGGCUAAGCAGCAGCCCGCCCACCGAGAUGUCGCCGCAGCAUUGGCCACGCUCAGAAGGCUCAGGCCUGAUCUUCUGAAGGCAUCACCCCCAACCCAGACGAAUGAGGACAUAGUCCUCAAGAUGUCCGACGACGAACUAUGAGUGACGGGUGGGACACUUGAAGGUGGGGGGAUGUGGGCCAUCGCUCUGUUUUUGAUUGUGCCACGAGAUGGCAGGACAGGUGGUUGGCGACACGCGGUAGGGGGGCGGGCCAGGUAAAUAUAAAGAUACGGGUGCGAGCCGUUGGGACGGCUUUUGUUUGAACGGCGGCGUGCCGUUAGCAUCUCGCCUGUGUAAGGUAUGGAAUAAAUCCUUGUGUGUUGUUUGAA